GAUCCUUCCCUAAAUGUGGGCAGGUGAGGCCGGGCAGUGAGAGGCAGCAUGGACUCGGAGGUGCUGAACAUGUUUGUCAUCGCCGGUGGCACCCUGGCCAUCCCCAUCCUGGCCUUUGUGGCCUCCUUCCUCCUCUGGCCCUCAGCGCUCAUCCGCAUCUACUACUGGUACUGGCGCCGAGCCUUGGGUAUGCAGGUUAGAUAUGCAAACUACGAUGACUAUCAGUUUUGUUAUUCCUAUAGAGGAAGACCUGGAUACCGACCAUCCAUCCUGAUGUUACAUGGGUUCUCAGCCCACAAAGACAUGUGGCUGUCCAUAGUCAAGUUCCUGCCAAAGAACCUGCACUUGGUGUGCGUUGACAUGCCUGGGCACGAGGGCACGACCCGCUCGGCCUUGGACGAUUACUCCAUUAGUGGGCAAGCUAAGAGAAUACACCAGUUCGUGGAGUGCAUCAAGCUGAACAGAAGGCCCUUUCAUCUGGUUGGCACUUCCAUGGGGGGAAACGUUGCUGGUGUCUAUGCUGCUCAGUACCCAGAAGACAUUUGCAGCCUGACACUCAUCUGUCCCGCAGGCCUGCCAAGUACCACUGACAGCAAGUUCAUUAAGCAGCUGCGGGAGCUGCAAGAGUCUGAACGCAUCGACAGGAUCCCUUUAAUUCCCUCGACGCCCGAGGAGAUGGCGGAUAUGCUGAAGCUUUGCUCCUACAUUCGCUUCAAGGUGCCGCAGCAG